AUGCUGCUAACGGGAAGCGUGGAGUGUGGCGAGGUGCGGCGCGAUCUGGAGGAGCCGGUGCUCAGCGAUGUGUGCUUUGUGCAGCCCCCGUACGGCAACCCGGCCGCGUUCGUGGAGACGCAUUUUGGCAAGAAUUCGGGCGCCAAGAAUAUGCAGUUCCGCAAGGGGACCACCACGCUCGCGUUUAUCUACGAGCCGAAAACAGCCAGUGACAAGGGGGGCAUCAUCAUCGCGGCCGAUUCGCGUGCCUCAGCCGGCGAGUACAUCUCAUCCAAAAGCGUGCUCAAAAUUCUGGACAUCGGCGACCGGAUGGUGGCAACGAUGGCCGGCGGCGCCGCGGACUGUCAGUUCUGGACACGUGUGGUCGCAAAGUACUGCACGUAA